AAUAUUUUACUAGAGAUAAAAAUGCCUGUAUGAAAGCACAUUUUAAACAUGUGUACCCCCUAGUGAAUAGUCAAAGCAAGUGUAAAUGAAUUAUAUGAUAUUAAUAGUUUAUUCUUGUUUGUUUGAAAAAUAUUGGAGAUAAAGAGUGAAUCUUAAAACAAAACUUGAUGUUGUGAAAUUUAAAUUAUAGGUUUAAUAUAAUUCAGUGAAGAAAUACGAUGAAGUACAACAUAUUCCGUAUUACAAAUGUUCUGUUUAUGCAAAAACGGUUCUUUAAAAAAGUACAAGUAAGAGUUAGAUUUGCACCUAGUCCAACUGGUUCGUUACAUGUAGGAGGUUUACGAACUGCAUUAUAUAAUUAUUUAUUUGCCCGUGCUAAUAAUGGUGCAUUUAUUUUACGAAUUGAAGAUACUGAUCAAUCUAGAUGUAUACCUGAUGCAAUAGAAAAAAUCCAAUGUGAUUUACUAUGGUCUGGAAUCAUACCUGAUGAGGAUCCAAUAAGAGGUGGACCUGCCGGGCCUUACAUACAAUCAAAACGUCUUGAAAUAUACAAGGACCAAGUGCUUAAACUUAUAAAUAAUCAAUCUGCAUAUUACUGUUUCUGCACAGAAAACAGAUUGCAAUUAUUGCGAAGAGAAGCAAUAAAACGAGGAGAAGUGCCUAAGUAUGAUAAUAGAUGUAGACAUAUAAGCAACGAUGAAGUAAAAGCAAAACUUGAUAAGGGAUCCCCUUUUUGUAUUAGAUUUAAGUUAUCUGCUGGAAUAGAAAGCUUUGAUGAUUUAAUAUAUGGUAAAAUAGAACAUGAUAUUGCACAAAGGGAAGGAGACCCCAUUAUUAUCAAAACAGAUGGUUAUCCAACUUACCAUUUUGCAAAUGUUGUUGAUGAUCAUCUUAUGGAAAUAUCUCAUGUAUUAAGAGGAAUUGAGUGGCAAGUAUCCACACCUAAACAUAUAAUGAUGUACAAAGCUUUUAAUUGGACUCCACCUUUAUAUGGACAUUUACCCUUGGUAUUAAACUUUGAUGGAUCAAAAUUAUCAAAAAGGCAAAGCGAUAUAAGUAUAGAAUCCUUUAGAAAAGAGGGAAUUUUUCCAUUAGCAGUUUUAAACUAUGUUACACAUGCUGGUGGUGGUUUUGAUAAUAAAGGAGGUGCUCUUUACAUUGAUAGUUAUGAAGAAUUAAUCAAACAAUUCAAUAUUUCUAAAAUAAAAGUAAGUUCUAAUAAACUUUCACCUCCAAAACUAUUAGAAUUCAAUAGGAUAGAGAUAGCAAAAUUAUUAGCAAAUGAAAAAAAUAAUGCAUUUUUAAUUGAAAGAAUAAAAACGUUAGUCAUAGAAGCAUUCCCAAAUAGACAAACUGAUGGAAAUUUACAAUUAGACGACAAUCAUAUUAUUUCUGUAUUAAAAUGGGCACAGCAUAGAAUAUCAAAAUUAAGUGAUCUAGUAUCUCCAAAGUUGGCCUUUUUAUGGCAUAUACCAACCACAUCAUUUGAUGACACUAUGUUGGGAUGUAAAUUAGAUGCGCUUAAAAUAAUAAGUAUGAAAUUGAUUGAAACUGAAAUUCAAAAUUUUAAUAAAGAAUGGAUAAAUAAAUACCUAAAAGAAUUUGCUAAUGAACAUGAAAUUUCAUAUCCAACAUUGAUGAAAGCUUUACGUUUUGUACUUAGUGGUUUAAAGGAGGGUCCACCAGUUUCUGAAAUGAUGGAAAUUUUGGGGAAAGAUUCUACAGUGUUAAGAAUAAAACGCUAUAUUUCCUAAAAAUAAAAAUGUGGUCAUAUAUAUUUGUAAAUUUAUAAUUAACAAUACAUUUUGAAAUUAAUACUUUUUAUUAUUCGUAGAAUAAAAAUAAUUUUGAAUAGAAUACAAA